AUGGCAAAGAUACCAUCUAUGAUAGAAAGCAAUAUUAUCCAACAAAGAAAUAUUAAAGAAGAUGGUAACUCAGCAUAUGGUCUGUAUGAAGAUGAUGAAAUAAAAUUUUCAUCGCAAACCAAAGUUCCUGAAAUUGAGAAAGAAUGGCAACCAAACAAAUUAGAACAAGGAAACAUUGGCGAAACGUUGAAAAAGCAUGCGCAUUUGAUGAUUAAUCAACAACAGCAAGAAUUAAUCGACGAUAUUAGUCGACAACGUUCAAGAAAAGAGCCUUUUGGAUCAGAGGCACAAACAAGAGAUGUUGAUUUGAUUGAUAUUGCAGUAGAUAUUGAUAAAAACAAAUUAUUAAAGCCACCGAUAUUUCGCACAGUAAUCGAGCAUGACGCUAUAUGUACUGAUGCUGAUCAUAAACCACCAACGUUAGUAAUAGAAGAACGGCCAACAAAAUAUGCGAAUGACUUUGUUCUUAUUCUGUUGGAUGAGCAUCUUCAUACAAUAUCUAAUCAUUACUUUGAACAUCAUGUUGGUUUGGAGAAGAUUAUCAAAUUUUUUGAAAAAUUUCAUAAUCUGGAACAUUGUAUUAAUUACCUAAAGACACUUUCGCAAAAACAAAUUUAUUUAAUAAUUUCGAGUAUAUUAAGCAAUAAAAUUGAUAUUACUAUAGACCGUUUUCCACAAAUUAUUCGAAUUUAUUUAUUUACUGCGCAAAAUAUUAGAAAUUUAUCUAUUAAAAAUUCUGCAAUGGUUUUCCAUAAACAUAUGAAGGAAAAUGAACGAGGUUACUCGAAAGAUUUUCUGCCGUUAAAUUUUGUUUGUAAAAACGAACAGAUGUCGAUGUUAAAUGAUAUUGAAUCACAUUUUGGAGAUUUUUUAUUAUUGCAAUCAAUAUUGAUGAGUUUAAAAAAUACUGAUCGCGGAAGACAAGAUAUGAUUACUUACUUGAAUUUCUUUUGUAAUAAUGAACCACGAUACUUAGAAGAAAUUGCUGAGUGUGAUAAGACCUAUAAGCCUAAAGAUGCUAUUAACUGGUAUACGCGAACGAGUUUUAUGUAUCGUACUCUCAAUACAACAUGUCGCACACAGAAUAUCGAAUGCAUGUUUCAACUACGAUACUACAUGAAUGAUCUUAAUCAACAAAUAACGAAUGAAUUCCAAGAAUUGAAAGAUGUGAUAGAUGAAAGAUAUAUAUUUUAUCGUGGUAAAGUAAUGUAUUUGGAAGAAUUAGAAGAAUUAAAAUCAUGUGAAGGAAAAUAUAUCUUAACAAAAACAUUUUUAUCAGUAACAUUAAUGAGAGAUGUAGCUGAUAUUUAUGCGGGUGCAAGUGCUCAUUUAGAGGAUGGACAAGUAUCAGUGGUAUAUAAAAUAGAAGUUGAAACUGACCAUUCAAAACCAUUUGCUCUCGUUCGAGACAAAACGGCAAUAAAAGAUGACGAUGAACUGUUAUUUAUAAUCAACAUGUUCUUCAAGAUAAUAUCAGUCAAAGAGAUAAAAGAUAAUUGUUGGGAAAUACAUGUGAGAAGAGAUAAAGAGGUAGCAGAAGAAGAAAAGCAAAUAUUAGAUUGUAUUCAAGCUCAAAACCAACAAACAGAUCCGUUCAAAAUAGCAGCACAUCUUACACAAAUUCAAAUUGAUAAUAAACUUCCCAUGAAAAUAUCUUCGCGGCCCAUCAUACAAGAACUACCCAAAACGAAUUUUACGUAUGAAAAUGUUAAAGAGUUAUUAAAUGAGGACUCUUCACUUAUGUCCACUUCGACGGUCCGUACAUGUCGAAUGUCAGGUUCAUCUAAAAGAGCGAUGGUAGAAUUAAAAAAAUUAGAAAUUAAACCACCACUAUUACAGCUCAAAACUGAAGACCGCAUCUGGCAUGUGUUACUCGAAGGUCCACAAAGCACACCAUAUGAAAAUGGAAAAUUUUGGAUUAAAAUUGAAUUUGCAAAAGCCUACCCCUUCAAGCCACCUCACGUAAAUAUGACAACACCGGUUUAUCAUCUAAACAUUGACAAAACUGGUAAACUAUGCAUCCACAUCCUCGGCGAUGGGUUUAGUCCGGCAAUAUCAAUGCAAACGAUAAUACACGAAUGGUAUUCUGUUUUUAAAGAUCCUCUUAUCGAUGAUGCAAACUUAGCUGCGUUAUAUCAGUCUAAUUAUACCGAGUAUUGCACCAAUGCAAGAAAAUGGACCGAACGAUAUGCCAUGGGUGAAUAG